AUGGACCGAAGCCAUCGUAUUGACGACAUCACCUCCGAGCCGGUCCAACAACUGCUCACUGAAUACCCGACGAUCGUCGCGGCCAAGCUACACGUUCUCGACGAGGCUCGAUACAACACUAUACCGACCGCUCUCGCCGCACGCGACGAGAACUCCUUGACGAAGCAAGAAGUCGCAACACUUGUCGACUGGAAGCUCAGUCAUGGCACUUUUCGACCGACCCUCAAGAAACUCGUCGAUCAAAAUAGCGACGACGAUAUUCGCUCAAUCACCACCGCCGCAUUCGAGUCCUUCGCACAAGAUCCACACGACAACAUCAAGUCGAGUCUCACUACCUUGACGCAAUUGAAGGGCAUUGGCCCUGCCACCGCCUCACUCCUCCUCUCAGUCUUCGAUCCCGAGCGUGCCCCUUUCUUCUCCGAUGAGCUGUUCCGAUGGUCGAUGUACGAGGACAAGAAGGCCAAUGGAUGGGAUCGCAAGAUCAAGUACACUCCCAAAGAGUAUCUUGAGCUGUUCGAAAAGAUACAACAAGUACAGAAACGACUGGGAGCAGCAAAGGCCGUGGACUUGGAGAAGGUCGCCUAUGUGCUAGGGAGGCGUGCUACCGGAAAGAGCGUGGGCAAGGAUACAAAAAUUGACAACGAGACUGCUUCGAAGUCAACUCAUUCGAACUUGAAGCGAAAACCAGAGCACGAGGCCGAGGUGAGAUCGGAACAAAAGAAACAAGGAGCAAAAAAAGCGAAAGUCUCGGUGACAAAGGGCAAAACACCAAACGAAGGAACACGGAUAUCCGCCAGGGUCAAAAAUCGCAAGACGCGAUGA